AUGGCCCCUGAGGCUCCAGAUCCCCAGAGCCUGAAGUCAUGGCAAGAUGCAUUCCAGUAUCCCAUUCCUACGGUUCGCCGUGUGGAGCAGGAACUGCGACGGGACAUUGCAAGCAAUAAGGAGAAGCUCCGAGCUCUCGUGGGGACGCGAUAUCGAGAGCUUGUUGGAACGGCCGAGACAAUUGUGGAAAUGAACAAGGAAAUACAAGACGUGGAGGCUACCCUGGCCGAUGUUGGACGACGAUGCAACCCGCGACUUGUGGAGAAGAAGCAUCUUCAUGCGCGGCAGAUGAAACGCGAAGCUACGGACACAGGUGCGAUAUAUCUUAUCUGUGGCUGGGAGACUCAAUUGCUCACAUGGCCGCUAGAUGCUGAUAAGCAUACCUUUGUAGCGCAACUGGCUCUGCUACACCGCUGUACAACUUCCGUCACUCUUCUAUUGCGCAAACGGGCUUCAAUGCUACUUGUUGCUAAGGUCCUUGUUGUAUUUCGACUACUGCUCAAGACUCUCUCGCAAAACCCCUCGAUCCCGCCAUCCCUGGGCGAUUUGCGUAUCCAAUUGGCCUCUCUGCGCCGGACUCUUCAGAAGCGAAUUGAUACACUUCAGAAGCGAAUUGAUAAACGGUUGACCACCGCCACUGGCUCAGAUGAUAGCAUAAUUGAAGCAUUGGCUGCGUUCUGUCUCGCCACGAGUUCUUCAUCCGACGAUGCUAUCCGUCACUUCCAUCAAGUUCGCCUUGAUAUUAUUACCGGCCAAUUGGAUUCGUCCCACGAAAAUAUUCCGAAAGCCCUUCGAUUGUUCAUUCGCACCCUGCAGAACUCGAAGGUCUUGCGAUCUCGUCAAUUCUCUGACGUACUCUCCAAGCUCAAGACGAGACCCAUUCUCUCUGAUCCAGAAGUCCGCGGCUUGGACGGCCUCGAGAUCGAGCUACUGUGUCGUUGGGCCGCUCCAGAGGUCAUCAAUUUCACCCCGUGGAUUAAAUUGAGUGAGCUUGGCCGGUCUGAGGGACAUCAGUCUAUCAAGGAGUGGUCUUCACUGGCCUUUGAAAGAUUCGCGGAAGGAAGCCAGAAGGCCCUCUCUCAGAGCAAUGGCUUCGCCGAGCUCCUCUCUUUACGUGCUGAAACCAUCGAAUCGUGGUUAUCUUCUUGGGGCUCAACUGUUUCCCAUGGACCGGAGAAUGUCCUUGAACGCCUACGAAACAUUUUCAACGAUCAUCUUAAACAAAUGCUGACCACCCAGAUCCAGACAAUCGAUGACAUUGCGGGCCAAAUUUCAUCGACCGUGUCGAAAUGGGAAGCGUCUGAACAUGCCUCAGUUGGGUCCCUCUGGGAUUCUGAUCUGAUCACCGCGGACUACUCCAACGGAGCGUCUACUUUCAAACAUGCUGUCGCAGACCGUCUUCUUGGACGGGACGAUGAUGUGUCAGCAGUGUUGACAAAGUACAAGUCCUGGCUGGCGUCUGUUCAGGAAUUGAAUGAAUCAAUCGAGGCUCUGCGCCGCUUCAAGUGGACGGACGUACUUGUCGGUGGCGAAGUAGAGGAUGAAGAUAUCGACGUCGCCCCGCGACUGAAUGACGAAGACCCUCGAACCCUCUCGAAUUCUCUCCAUUCGGCUGUCCAUCAGGCUUACCAAAGUCUCCAAGAUUCUUUCAACGAUGCUUUCAAGGCAUUCGGGUCCUCGAAUCUCAACCAGAAGGCCACAUUCAUGCUUCGGCUCAUCCGGCUCGUCCGGCGCGAGGUCCCGUCCGGGUUUGUCACAAAGGAUUUCUUGUUCUCGAGCCAGCUUGCUCCCAAAUUGCAGGAUCUGCUCGCCACGGACAUUGUGACACAUACUGGCUCUAUAGCAUUUGUUCCUUCGACUAGCACGACUCCCAAGGCAAAGAGCGUUAGGCUUGUUCCUGGCCGGUCACUCUGGGAAGGUGAUCCACCCGUGCCUGUUCAGCCCUCACCGAGUACAUUUAAGUUCUUGCGUCGCUUGACUACGAUCAUGGAUGAGAGUGGGCCUGAUAUUUGGGACCCAUCGAGCGUGCGAGUCUUGAAGGGCGCGUUGGAAAAACAGUUGGAGACGUCUCUCAGAUCGACACUUGAGGAACUGGAAGGCUGGGAGACUCCGAACAAGGAUGAAGACGCCGUCGCGAAUGGUGACAAGGAAGAAGUUGGGGCCGAUACUGUAUCUGGUUCCGUGAUUACUGAGUCCGACAAGCCAACCGAUGCCCCUUCGGCAGAGGCUGUACACGACUGGAAAGCGCAGCUGCUCUUUGAUACCCAUUACUUGGCAAACAUGCUGGGUGAACCGAAUCAGCUGGCUGAUGUCGCGGAGCGGGUUCAAAAGAGCGCCGACCUCGACGUCGCAGCUGCCAAGGCUAUCCGCAAGUCUGCUCAAGAAUACUGGAAGAGAACAGAGCUUCUGUUUGGUCUCUUGGCGGAGCGUUAA